AUGCUUUCAGUGACUGAUCUUGUCAUCAAUCUCGGUGCUUCGGUGGCUAUCAUCUUCGUCUCUCGCUUCAUCUGGAACUACCUCCGCUCUCCACUCAAGGCUUUCCCCGGCCCUGCAGCGACCAGUUUCACCAAUCUCUGGCGUCUGUACGAUGUAUCUAAAGGACGCUGCGAUAUUACCCAGAAUGCCCUGCACCGAAAGUACGGACCUGCCGUUCGGUUGGGCCCACGCAUGCUUAGUCUGUCGGAUCCGAGUCUGAUCAAUCAAGUUUAUACUGUGAAGAGCCCGUGGCAGAAGAGUGAUAUGUACAAUGUGAACGAUGUCCUCGUCGGGGGAAUGCGCCUCAGUAACUUGUUCUCCACGCAGGAUGAGCAGUGGCACUCGACUUUUAUCCGGCCUGUUAAGGGCUUGUACUCGAUGACUAAAGUCCAGGAUAUGGAGCCUGGCGUGGAUAAAACGAUCAAUGUGUUUUUUGAGAAGCUGCGGGAGCGGUUUGCCCGCCCCGGACAGAUCUGUGAGAUGUCUGACUAUCUCCAUUUCUUUGCCUGGGAUGCGAUGAGCCAGAUCACCUUCUCCAAGGACCUUGGGAUUCUUGAGGCAGGGAGUGACUACAAGGGCUUCCUGGGUCGAUCAAAUAAGAGUCUGGACUACUUCGCUGCUAUCAGCCAGAUCCCGCUGCUCGACAUGGUCCUAGACAAGAACCCCAUCGUACGAAUUGGACCCCCCACCUUCAUGUGGGCCAACAUCUUCAGUGUGGAACAGCUCCAGGAGCGUCUCCAGAAGGGACCCCUCCCCGCCGGACAGACCGAUUACCUCGAUAGAUUCCUCGAGGCCAAGAAGAAGUACCCGGAAAUCGUCAACGACAAUAUCGUCGUCACGUACCUACUUUCCAAUGUUCUCGCGGGCAGCGAUACCACGGCUAGCACGAUGUGCUCCGCCGUCUACCACAUUCUCAAGCACCCUUCCGUGCACAAGAAGCUCGUCGAAGAGCUGCGCUCCACAAACAUCGCUCUACCCGCGAAGUGGAAGGAGCUCCAGGGGUUGAAGUAUUUCGACGCCGUGAUGCGCGAGGCAAUGCGCGUAACCCCCGGUAUCGGCCAGACGAUCGAGCGCAUCGUGCCACGGGGUGGUUUCUCCCUGCCUGAUGGACGGUUCGUGCCAGAGGGCACUAUCGUCGGCAUGAACCCGUCGGUCAUCAACAGGAACGAAGCCGUUUUCGGCGCGCACACCGAGUCUUUCCUUCCGGAGCGAUGGCUUCCGAGUCCUGGAGAGUCGGACGAUAUGUACCAGGCGCGAUUCGCGAAGAUGAAGGGUGCCGACUUCACAUUUGGGGGUGGAACCCGGGCUUGUCUUGGACGGUACCUUUCUCUACUGGAGGCGUAUAAGCUCAUUGCUUCGCUGUUUAUCUCUUUUGACUUGGAGCUUCCGAACCAAGAUCAGGAGUGGCAACUUACCCACUCGUGGUUCGUGCGACAGACCGGGAUCCCUGUUCGCAUCACAGAACGACCUGCUACG